AUAAAAAGAUGAAUCAAAAGUGGAAAACAAACGCAAACUGCAACCUGCAAAGAGUUGGUAUCCUGUAUGAUUUGGCUUACAGUAGUCUUCACACUGGCCAAUGGCAUUUAGUCCCCGAGGAAGAACGACGAGUUUUCACAGUUUUAAGUGCACUAAGGAUAUUCUUCAUGCUGUUGUGUUUCGAGCGGACUGUUGAUCUACUUGACGAUUCACUUUAUAUUGCAGAUAUGGGCAUUAUGCUUGGGUCCAAAAUAAUUCUAAAUUUCAAUGGUACAGACGUUGAUCUAUUGAUGCAUUUAACAAAGAUUUUGUUAAAGACCAAAAGAGCUGAAGAUCAAAAUGAACAACGCGUUAAACGUGUUAAAAUCGAUUCCGGCGACUGCACCGAGGAGCCGUGUGAUGUACCAGUUUUGCAUCGUCCAUCGUUAGAAUAUUUUGGGAGCGAUCACUACACUAAAGCUGAACCAGCACUUCUUCGAAACGUGAUAGACGAUUGGCCUGCCUUAGAACGGUGGUCCGAUCCCAACUAUCUCAUCAAAAUGGCCGGCGAAAGAACUGUCCCGGUAGAGAUAGGUUCAUCUUACAGUAGUGAGAAUUGGUCCCAACAGUUAGUCAACUUCAAGGAUUUUGUUGUUAAAAGUCUAGGAUUAUGUUCUACGACGGAGACGUCGCACCAAGCUGGCGUUCCAGUUUACUUGGCACAAUACGAAUUGUUUGAUCAAAUACCAGAACUACGAGCAGACAUCUUCGUGCCGGACUAUAUUGGAAGAACGGACGUAAAUCCUCGAAUCAAAGCAUGGCUGGGACCUAAGGGCACAGUCUCACCAUUGCACACCGACCCUUGUCACAAUUUGCUAUGUCAGGUGUUUGGUAGUAAAACCAUUAUUUUGGCAUCUCCAGAAGACACUCCGAACCUUUACCCGCACGAGCAUUUCAUCCUAAACAACACUUCCCAGGUGGAUGCGAAAAACGUUGACUUCAACCGGUUUCCGUUGGCCCGCAAAGUUCGCUUCCGUCGGUUAGUGCUACGAAGCGCAGACGUCUUGUAUAUUCCUCCCGGUUGGUGGCAUUACGUUGAAUCAAGGACGCCAAGCUUCUCCGUUAGUUUUUGGUUCGACUAAGCAGAUAGAAUGACGGCCGACAGCAGGCAUCAGUGCUGUAUGGAUCAAUCAAUCGCGACAUGUCGUGUUUCGAAGCUCGCUUCUAAAAGCAGUGUAAUCGAUACGGCGCAAGUGCAAUGGAUAGAGGCACAUUUGCCACUGAAUUGUGGAAUAUUUGUUAUAUUAUUGUUGAUAAAAAUGAGAUUUCAGAAGACUGAUUCAGGAUGAGGGAAAAUUUAUAUGCACUGUUCAAAUUCAUAGUGUGAAUAAGUGUCAGAUUGAAAAAAAUAAUAAAAAUGUUCGAUUAUUCUCAAAUCA